AUGGAUGACCACUUUACCCUAGGAAUCAACUCAAACAUGGAACUUUUUGACAGCAAUGCCAAUCCUGCACUUGGGAAUUUCAAUUCAUCUAAUGUUAGUCUUCAUGGGUUUACGCCUUUGUCUGGCGACAAUUUCUCAGAUCAUCAUCAUCAUCAUCGAAGGCAUGAUCAUAGUCUUCCAUUCAUGCCUUUAUCAGAUGGUAAUCUUCAGAGCUUUAAUUUCAGUGGUGAUCAUCAAGAUGGUUCUUUCUAUGCUCCAAUGACCCAUCUCCCUUCAAAUACAGACAAUAUGGCCAAGAGGAUAUCGGGGGAUGAAAGCUUGGGGAAUCCCCCCAUCUUUAGCUCUGAAGUUACUGGAGAGAACAAGGCUAACAGAAAUUAUGGCUAUGGUGGUAAAAGGAGAAAGAAAAGCAAUGAAGCUUUAGGGGAGAAACCACGAGAAGUUGUUCAUGUGAGAGCAAGGAGGGGUGAAGCUACUGAUAGUCACAGUUUGGCUGAAAGGUUGAGAAGGGAGAAAAUAAAUGAAAAGCUACGAUCCUUGCAAGAACUAGUCCCUGGAUGUUAUAAGACAAUGGGAAUGUCCGUAAUGUUGGACGUAACAAUCAAUUAUAUCCGAUCUUUGCAGAAUCAAAUCGAAUUUCUGUCUAUGAAGCUUUCAGCAGCAAGCAUGUUCUACGACUUCAACUCUGCUGAAAUGGAUGCCUUGGACACCAUGAAGGUAUAA